AUCGCACAGUGCCCGAGGUGCAGCUGUGUAGAUGGUCCAAUACUCCAGUGGCUGUGGGUGGUGGUCGGAAGUACCUAUACGUACAGUUAUGUAUGUACAGGUACAAGGGACCGAUACCCCUCCUUCCAACAAACAACCUUUGGCCUUGUCAAUUACCGAAGCUGCACGUGACAUCACAUCACAUCGACAGAUUCUUGCUUACCUCUUGCAAAAAAACAGUGCCAGGAUCGGAAAAAGGACUGCCAUAUAUACGCCUAUACGGAAUAUAUACAGGCAAAUAUCGAAUUCGAGAAGGAGGGGCUCAUAUUCCCCCUCAGAACUGACACGAGUAUACCGCAAACCCGUCCCGCCGACACCCCCCCUCCGCCACCAUCAUGCCCUCCUCCGACUCAGGCGACGACACCCACGAUCUCUUCGCCGACCCCCCCGACUUCUACCCCCCUCUCCCCCUCCCACCACCCUCAGCUACCCUACCCCCGCCGGUGACCUCACCCUCCGCCUCGUCGGUCACAACCCACUCUGGGGCCACCACCUCUGGAACGGCGCGCGCGUAGUGUCCACCUACCUCGAAACCACACCCUCUCUCGUAGCAGGGAAAACUGUUCUCGAGCUCGGUGCCGGGGCGGGGUUGCCUAGUCUUGUUGCCGGGCGGCUUGGGGCGAAAAGGGUGGUGGUGACGGAUUAUCCUGAUAAUAGCCUUAUUGAGAAUUUACGGUGGAAUAUCGAGCAUUGCGAUGGCGCGGGGGAGGUUGUGGCAGAGGGGUACCUUUGGGGUGCUGAUUCUAGCCCGUUAGUCGCGCAUCUACCGGUGGAGGAAGGGGAGAAGUUCGAUAUCUUGAUCCUAGCGGAUUUACUGUUCAACCACAGCGAGCACGCUAAGUUGAUAGCGAGCGUUGUGGAGAUGUUGAAGCGAGACGGGAAGGCGCUGGUGUUUUUUACACCGUAUAGACCGUGGUUGUUUGAGGCGGAUAUGGCGUUUUUUGAGGGGGCGAGGGGGGCGGGGCUGAGGGUGGAGAAGGUGUCGGAGGAGAAGAUGGAGAGGGUGAUGUUUGAGGAGGAUAGGGGGGAUGAGGAUGUUAGGAAGACGGUUUUUGGGUAUGUGUUGACAUGGCCGGAGGAGGGGAAGGCGGAGUAGGUGGGGAGGAUGGAUGGAUGGUGCAACUCUAGAUAAUUCUGGUUUGCUGGGAAAUAGAAUCGUUGAAACUCUGCCUGUCCAUAUGUAACUCGGCACAUAUACAGUGCCCUCUUGUCGAGUCCCUUUCAGCCGUCCGAAAAGAGAACUUCGUUUUGACAGCCCAGUCAUCAAGGGCCCGGACGAGAGCAUCUAAAUCGUCAAACUCCGCACAGCAAGGCGAUAAGAUGGCUUUCGAGCCUUCAGAGCCAGUAUGGUG